GGGACGGGGAGGGGGAGACUGUCGGCGCGUCUCCUUCAGCGGACUCGCAUGACUUCCCCUGACACCAACGUCGCUGUCAGGCUGCUUGCACGCUCCCCAGCCAGUCUGAAGCGGAAACGUGAAGUUGCCAAACAAUUGAUUGAAGGUUACUACUGUCAGUUAACAAAAGGCUGUGGAAAUGAGUUCUGUGCAAAUGGCAACUGUGCUUCCUGCCCAGGGUUCAAGCAGUUGGACAAUAAUCAAGCUGCGGCCAGAGCUCUGGAGUUAUAUCGGACCAGGGCAGAGUUAUGUGUAGGUUGGCCGACUAAAAAGCUGAGAUCAUUGCUUUGUCAAAAUAUUUCACACGACAAGUUUAAACAUAAAGAUCUCAAAUCUGUUGCGGAAAAUGACACUGACGUAAUCUGCAGUGAGAAACAGAAGCAAGACAGCUUUCAAGACAUAAGCUACCUUACUGAAGAAAAAGUAAAUGAAAUUCUUAAUGUUUGCAAUGAAACUGGAGACUUUUCACUUCUGGUGCGUGUUAUUGGUCGGAUAUUCUCCAGUGCGGAAAAGCUUGUUAAGAGCUUUAGGAAACCAGAAAUGCAGAAAACAUGCUUGAACUGUCUACCAAAAAACACACCAGCUGAUGUGGAAAAAGGUGAUAAAACAAUAACCGUGUUUGGAAGCGAAGAUUCAGUACCUUGCUGCUCUCAACAGAAAUCAUGUGAUUGUCUUGCGCAAUCAGUUAAGCCAGAAGAUGUAACUGUUGAUGUGAAAUCUGUUCGGAGAGUGUACAGAAAACUACUUUUACAUAACCGGAUUGAAACCGCACUGAUUAAUGCUUUGAUGUAUCUGUCACCAGACGUGGAAUGUGAUUUAAGUUAUCAUAAUGCUUACAACAGAGAUUCAAACUACCUAAAUGUAUUCAUAAUUGUCAUGGAAAAUCAUAACCUUCAUAGCCCUGAGUAUCUGGAAUCAGCCUUACCUAUGUUCUGCAAAGCAAUGUGCAAGCUUCCGCUGUCAGCACAAGCCAAUCUAAUUCAACUGUGGUCAACAUACAGCUCGAAUGAUACCCGCAGAAUGAUUGAGGUCUUUCAGCAGCUUAUUACAUACAAAGUUAUAAGCAAUGAUUAUAGUUCUCGAAAUUUGGUGAAUGAAGAUGAUGUCGUAGUUGCAGCAACUAAGUGUCUGAAAUUGGUGUACUAUGCAAAUUUGCUGGGUGGAGUGUUGACCUUAGAGAAUGAUGAUGAAGAGUCCUCACAAGAAACCAGAGAGAGGAAUUUGCAACAGAAUCUUUUAAUCGAGGACACCAAUUACAAGAAAGGUCCCCGGGUGGACCCGUUGGAAAAAAUACUUAAUUUUAAGACUAUUGACUGCUGUCGACCAGUCGUACCUUAUGAUGAAUUUGUUAAUGAAUCAUUAAAUAAUGUCCUUGCAGUGGAUAAAGACUACAUAUUUUUUAAAGUGGAUAGCGAGAAGAAAUUUUCUUUCUUGACUUGUCCAUUCCUCCUUACUCCCUAUACAAAAAGUCAAGGCCUCUAUUAUGACAACAGAAUCCGAAUGUUCAGUGAACGCCGCAUAACUGUGCUGUACAACUUGGUACAAGGACAGCAAGUUCAACCUUAUCUUCGACUAAAAGUAAGGCGUGAUCAUAUGAUUGAUGAUGCACUUGUACGGUUGGAAAUGAUUGCCACAGAGAAUCCAUCAGAUUUGAAAAAGCAACUGUACGUGGAAUUUGAGGGUGAACAAGGAGUGGAUGAAGGUGGCGUUUCCAAGGAAUUCUUUCAGCUGGUUGUUGAAGAGAUUUUUAAUCCUGAUAUAGGAAUGUUUACUUAUGAUAGCUAUACAAAACAAUUUUGGUUCAACCCUACCUCUUUUGAGAAUGAUGGACAAUUCACACUAAUUGGAAUAGUGCUGGGUCUAGCAAUAUACAAUCACUGCAUUCUUGAUGUCCACUUCCCUAUGGUGGUUUACAGAAAAUUGAUGGGCAAGAAGGGAACUUUGGAAGAUCUUGCUGAUUCGCAUCCAGUACUAUAUCGAAGCUUAAAAGAUGUCCUGGAAUAUGAAGGGAAUCUCGAAGAAGAUAUGAUGAUCACUUUUAAAGUAUCGUACAAUGAUUUAUUCGGAGUGCCAAUAACUCAUAACCUAAAAGAAAGCAGCGAGGACAUUCCAGUAACAAACCAGAAUAAGAAAGAAUUUGUUCAACUAUAUACAAAUUAUAUUCUGAACCAGUCAGUGGAAAAACAAUUCAGAGCAUUCAAUCGGGGUUUCCAUAUGGUUACAAAUGAGUCCCCCUUGAAAUACCUUUUCAGACCAGAAGAAAUUGAACAGCUAAUCUGUGGCAGCAAAAAUCUGGAUUUCCAUGCACUGGAAGAAGCUACAGAGUAUGAUGGAGGAUUCACAAAAGAAUCUAGGAUAGUAAGAGAUUUCUGGGGUAUAACUCACAGUCUUCCAGAGGAACAGAAGCGUCAGUUCUUGCAGUUCACCACAGGCUCUGAUCGCGCCCCAGUCGGCGGUCUUGGCAAAAUUAAGUUAAUCAUAACCAAGAACGGACCAGAUUCAGACAGACUACCAACAACACAUACGUGCUUCAAUGUACUGCUACUUCCAGACUACUCUACCAAGGACAAGCUGAAGGAAAGGCUUCUUAAGGCAAUCACGUACUCAAAAGGAUUUGGCAUGCUAUAAUUACGUUUGGCCAUAGAAGUGUUGUAAAUUCAAUUGGAAAAAGCAAUCACCUUUCAAAAUAUAGAUCAGCCAAUUGUAUUUUUAAUUUGAUUUCAAAGUUUAAUUUUGACAUCGAGUUAACCAGAACAGCUUUCAACCCUUUGCAGGUUGUGAGAUAUCACAAACAAUCAUAAUAUUGCUUGAUUUCACAAUGAAGUACCAAACUUCAAGAACAUUUGUCAGAGUGUUUGUAAUUUGAAAAUCGCUUACUUUUCGAGAGGUCACUUAAAUGUUGUUAGCCAUCUAGAUUUCUUUCAUCAUUACACAUUCAAAAAUCAAUUGAUGGAAAGAGGGAAUGGUGCACAUUUACAGAAGAAAAUAUUUUCUAAACGUUCCCUGCAGCUUUGCUUUUCCCUCACGAUUCACCUACUAUUUCAAAAAACAAUGUGGUGACGGAAGAUCUUUUUGCUCAUUUGACAUGACUUAAUAAUUUGGAGUAGGAGUUGUGGAACCUCCAACCUAAGGAAGAAGGAGAUUGGAAUGGGAGCAUUACUAACGGUGCUUUCUUUAAACCAACUCAUGAAACCUUUCCGUAGCUCAGGGUUUCUCUUAACCUAAUUUCUUCGGAUAUUUGAGUAAAAGCAGCCACUUUGUUUUGUACGAUUUUCAACUGACUCCUGAAGAGGAUCAGUGCCAAGCCACUUAACUAGAGAGUGCUUCUAGUGCAUGUAAUGACUUGUUUCAUAGUGACUACUAUGACGCGAUGUACAAUAAAACAUCAAAAUAUUGUAACUUUAAAAAAUACUUGGAUUGUCAAUAUUUAUUCUCUAUUAAAUGAAAAUCAUGUCUCUAAAAGAAACAGCUGUUUAAAUUUAAUGUAUAAAUUCAAUUAACAGCCAGGUGUAUAGUUGUUAUGUGACAUACUUUGAUUUGGGGUGUAUUUAAAAUUAAGUAUUAAUCUGUAUUAUUGGAAUUAAAAGGCAUUCAAGUUUA